GUAUCUAGCGCUGCGAAUGCCUGCGAACUGUGUUCGUAUGCGAGAGCCCCAAUUUAAUAACAUUCCGACGCUUUGUCUCUUAUCUCGCCGCUUCCCUGGACGAGCCCCCCUCACUGUCGCUCGACGAAUCCUCUUACCUACAUUAGAUCCUCAGCCAUUUUGGCCACACGUCCUCCCAGAACGCGUCCCUGUUUCUCAGUACUGUGCCACCGAUUGCACUGAAUGUUCCCGCUAAAGCAAAUCACAUGCUCUCCUGGUUCUAUUGUACAGCGUUCCUAGUGAGCGCAGAAACGGAAACCUCGAGCAUGGCCGCAGCAGGCAGACAGAUAGAGCUGUUUGUAAGCAGUGGCCGGACUGAGGCAAUGGCGGUUAGUCAGUGGGCUCGAACAGUACGAGAAAAUGAUGGCUUGGCUUGAAACCUUGGCUGGACUUGGAGGGUCGGCAGUGGAUGUCGGAUUGAUGGGUUUGUUGGAUGGGUUGCUGCGAAGCGCUCGACUGGCGACGCCGAGUGCACUCAGUCAGUCCUCCUCACGCAUACGAUGUGACGUGUCUUCCACUCGGGGCUCGGUGCUGGUGGCUCUGCUUUGCCUCUGUGCUAAUUCUCGCUGUGACCAGUCGUCAUCGCACAUUUCACCUUUUGCACAUCAGCACAGAAAGGAAGAGAGAGGGAGCGAGAAAGAGAGGGACAGGACGAAAGGAGGAAAGGAGAUCGAUAGGUUCGUGUAGAUAGAUCGUAAGAAAGUGGACUAGGCUACGUCUGAUUUUGGUUGAGGCGAGCUCCGCUGCAGACUUGGCAUGCAUCGGUCGAGCAUCGCAUUCGCCUCCUUGGGCCAGCCGUGUCAGAGGCUUACGCCCGGCGCCGCUCGGCCAAAAUGUCUUGUAGUCGGGCACCAUGCGCCGGAAGAGGCAUUGCCAUUUGGAUGAAUUUGCUGAGCACCUCUGGCGCCGCUGCUGCUGCUGCUGCUGUGGGACGAACGCAUUUUGUUUGGCUUUCGAAUAAGAUAAAAGGCGAGCGAUCGAUUUGAUUAUGCGCAUCUUCUGAACAGAAUGCCCUGCGAAGACGUAAUUCCGACUCGCUCGCUCGCUCGCUCGAACGGCUUGUGCUCCAGGGGACCUACAG